CGCUAAAAUUAUAAGUCACUUCUGACCUUUCCGCCCAAUGAUGUAGAAGCGAGAAAAUGGCGGACAAGCGGUGCCCGUCGCUAUUGUGCGCCUCGUUGGUUGCAUUUCUUAUUCGUGACGCACCAAUCAGCGGGCAGUAUAUAUAAACCCACCGAGCAUCAAAUCUAAUGCACAACACAGUCAGUCGCCGGCGAUAGUAAAUCACAGUGGUUUGUUAGCUUCUCUCUUCUCCAAAUUCCGCCGAAUUUCGGAGCUUGAGUUUGGGAAUGACGAAGGUGUAUCCGAAUGCUGCGUCGCCUCUGCCGCAGGUUUGCGGCGGCGAAUGUCGAGAAUUGGAGGCGGAUCCGGUUUCGGCGGUGCUCACCGUGUGGAAGAAAUCGCUGAUUUUCAAUUGCGACGGAUUCACCGUGUUCGGUGCCGACGGGAGGCUCGUCUACCGCGUGGAUAACUAUAUGUUCCGGAACAAAGGCGAGAUUGUUCUUAUGGACGCGCUCGGCAACUGUCUGCUCACUGUUCGUCGUAAGAGACUUAGUCUAUCGGACAGUUGGACGGUGUUCGACGGCGAGACGGCGGAUAAUCCUCGUUUUUUUGUGAGGAAAAGCGCGAAUCUCCUCAACACCAAGUGCGUGGCGUCCGUCACCUCCGCCGGCGGCGGACGGAGUAAGAACGAGAUGCUGUACGAGAUCCAAGGGUCGUAUCCUCGGCGGUGCUGCACCUUCUACGACGAUAAGAGGAGGCAAGUUGCGGAGAUCAGGCAGAAGGAAUCCUCCAUCAAAGGCGUAGAUUUCGGAGCCGACGUUUUCCGCCUUGUCGUUAACCCUGGAAUGGACGCGGCUGCAGCCAUGGCAAUCGUCAUAGUCCUCGACCAGAUGUACGGAUCAUCCACCGCCAGAUUCUUCUUAACAAAUUAGCAACGGCAAUUCCCUCCGAUGCGCACCUCCGCGGAUCCUCAGAUCUCACCUCUGCGCCUCUUCAAUUUCCUCGCCGGAGCUUCUGGUUUUCUAGUUUUUGAUGAAACACCUCAGCUCUUCAGGAGGCUCUGUACAUGUGAUUGUUACUGAAUCCUUGCGAACCUAGCAAGGAUCUGAUGUUAUUAUCAUCAAUUGUUUUGGAAUUUGUAUGCAAUAGAAUGCAUUUAAGCCUGUAGAUUCCCAUCUAACUAAAGUUUCUAUUGAAAUCUGAAUGAGAUUGCAAGGAUCUACUUUUGUAUU